AUGAAGUCCCUCUUCAUAUCUCUCACAGCACUUUUCUUGCUGGCUUUACAGGCUCAAGCUGCUAUAACGGGUCAACAGUAUUGUAAUAGGUACAUGUGUGUGACUGGACAACAUGACAGCGACAAAAACCUCGAUACCUACACACUCCAGCCGCCUAGUGGGACCAACAUCCCCGUUAGCCAAUUCGGAUGGAUAGCUAUUGGUUUUGGAAACACAAUGAUCAAUACACCUAUGGUCAUAGCCUGGCCCAACUCGGAUGGCUCGAUCACGCUCUCGCAGCGGAAAACGAACAAUCACGUUACCCCCAUUGUCGAUUCUAACCCACCUCGAAAAGCUACUCUACUCACUUCCUCAUCAUUUUCCAAUUUCUCUACUACAUCUAUAUCCUUCACUCUCCCUUCCAACUCCAGCGCUGCCAAUUCUACCAACCUCAUAUGGGCUUAUGGAAAUAAAAAUCCAGGCAGCUCGUCAUCUUCCACAUCGAGUUUAGCUCAACAUCUAGCAAGUGGAAAUACUCAAAUAUCAUUAUUGGCCAAUUCUCUUCCCAACACGACGACAACGAGUGGGAAUGGAACCUCAUCCACGUCCAAUAGUCCAAUCUCCGCUGGAGGUAGCUCGAAGAAAGUUCUGAUAGCUCAUGUAGCUUGUGGAGGGGUAGCCACGAUGGCGAUCUUACCGAUAGGUAUAUUGGUACCGAGAAUAUCGAGAGGUUUGACCAUGCAAAGAUGGUGGUUCCCUGUUCAUGGAGCUCUGAAUGGAUUGAUAGCUUUCGGAUUGAUCGUAGCUGCUUUUGGUAUUGCCAGAGCGAAUUUCUCAGGAGGGUUCAAUUCGACUCAUAGGAAACUUGGCUUGACCCUCUUCAUCUUAUCGAUCAUCCAGACUCUACUGGGUAUAUUGACACAUUGGUGGCAACCCAAACAUCGCUUGCAAACUAAAAGCGGUAGAGGUCCGGUUAAUCUCUUACAUAUGAUAUUGGGCUUGGUCGUAGUGGGUAUAGGAUUUGGUACGGUCUGGUGGGGCCUAGACGAAGAAUGGGAAAGAUACUCGGGAAGUGGGAAACCCAAUGUAGGAUGGAAAGUCGGAUGGGGUUUGGUAGUCGGUAUCACUGCUCUGGCCUACUUAGGCGGCUUCUACUUCUUACCCCGACAACUGAGGAUGGAGAAAGAAAGACGUCAAUGGGCAUCCAACGUAUCGAAUGGAAAUGGACAUCCAACAAGCAAAUUCAUACCUACAACAAGCAACAAUAGCUCGUUGCCACUGCCACCGCCACCACCGCCAACACAUACUCGCCCACUUCAAACCCCACAAACUGCGGUCAAUACCAAUACGAAUACUAGUACGGGAUACGUACCUCCUCCGCCACCCAGAAGGUUACCACCUCGUAUCUAA